AUGGGUAAUUGUUAUGGAGGAGGAGGAAGGCAAGAUGGGUAUUCUAGUGUGGAGGCGGAGCAACAUUCUGGGUAUAAAUCUUCGAAAGCUGAAGGGCAAUGGCAGUGGGACAAAGAGUCACAGAAUGUUCGCAUUCAAUUGCCUCCUCAUGGUUUCGGAGAAGGUGGUGAAUUUGAGUGGAAGAUGGACAGAAGGUGUGAACCUUUCGACAAUAUAGGAAUUAAUGUUAAGCUACCGGAGGAAUUGGCAUGUGGAAUUGACGAAAGUGUUGUGUGUGCUAGUCCAUUUGAAGUGGGUGAGAGUCAAGGGGGUAAUGAGGCAAGAUCUUACUAUCAUGGGCCGCCACCUGAUCCCAAAGUGGGUUUAGAAAAUCAAUCCAAUAAGGAAGCUAGUAGAACCCAGCCUCAUGAACAAGAUAUGGAGCUUGGCUUUGGGGACGGUACAUUACCAAUGUCUUUUGAAGAUCUUGAAAGGAAGUUCUCUGAUGAAGUAAUGAAAUUGGCAAAGGAGCAAAGUGAUUCAGAGGAUGCAGAAAAUGCUAGGCAUAGGGAGAAAAUAAUCAAGAUCAAUACCAGAUACCAGGAGAAACUUUCAGCACUUCGAGUUCAACAAGCCAAUAGAAGAGAAGAGUUCCUUCGAAAGGAAUCCCAAGCACGGUUUGGUUCUUUUAGCUUCAAUGCUGGUAGCACAUCUUCAACUGCUACCAAUGAAUCUCAGAGUCUUAAUUCUUUUAGUGCUGGCAGUGCUCUUUCUGCUGCUGGAACUGAGCAUGCCGAUGCACUUGAGUUCACCUGCAUCCACUCCUUUUGCUUCAACUGGGAGUACUGCCCCUCUUCUGGCAGUUCCACACUAGGUUCUUCUUCUACAUCUUCAACUGCUACUAAUCAAUCUCUGGUUUUUAAUCCUUUUAGUGCUGGCAGUACUCUUUCUGCUACUGGAAAUGGUCAGGCAACUUCAAGACAGAGCAUGCCGAUGGACUUUGGUUCACCUGCAUCAACUCCUUUUGCUUCAACUGGGAGUACAGCUUUCUCUUCUGGCAGUUCCACACUAGAUUCUUCUUCUACAUCUUCAACUGCUGCUAAUCAAUCUCACGGUCUCAAUUCUUUUAGCACUGGCAGUACUCUAUCUGUUGUUGGAACUGGUCAGGCAACUUCAACACAGAGCAUGCCGAUGCACUUUGGUUCACCUGCAUCGACUCCUUUUGCUUCAACUGGGAGUACUGCCCCCUCUUCUGGCAAUUCCACGCUUGGUUCUUCUUCUACAUCUAAACUGUUCAGUUCUGGUCCUAUAUUUGGACUUGGCUCUUCUACUUUCUCUUCAGAGUCCAUCUCCUUUAGCUCCACCGGCAGCCCUGCAUCAACUGUAUUUGGUUCCAACUGGCAGGCCCAAAAAUCUAGCGGAUUUCCCACAUUAUCCUCUUCUUCCUCAACUCCUUUUGCCUUUGGAGCAACUUCUAAUGUUGUUAUGAGCAGCAGUGCAUCAAUGGGGUUUUCCCCCAGUGUCUCAUCUGGUCCCGUUUUCCCCAUCAGUUCACCUGCAUCUGCUACUCCAUCACAGUCUGUGUUUCGUAACCCAAGUUCUGGCUUCGGAUUUGGUUCAUCUCCAACUGGUAAUAAUGACCAAAUGAGCAUGGAGGACAGCAUGGCAGAGGACACAGUUCAGGCAACCACGCCUUCAGUUCCUGUAUUUAGCCAACAACCAGCUACACCUGGCCCUAUUUUUGGUUUUUCAACUCCACCAGGAGGGAAUCAAUUUGCUUCUUCGGGUCCAUCAGGUGCAAAUCCUUUUCAAUUUGGAAGCCGAUCAAAUCUGGCUGCACCACAGAACCCAGCUUUUCAGGCUUCUGGUAGUCUGGAGUUCAAUGCUGGAGGAAGCUUCUCAUUGGGUGCAGGUGGUGGUGACAAGUCUGGUAGAAAAAUUGUCUUAGUCAAAAAACAACAACAGCCCAAGCGGUGA